AUGGCAGCUGGAAGUAGCAGUCAACAAAAUUUUAGGAAAGCUGUUGGUGCUCUUAAAGACUCUACAAUGGUUGGAAUGGCCAAAGUCAACAGUGAGUUUAAGGGACUAGAUGUUGCCAUUCUUAAAGCCACAAACCACAUUGAAGUAUUGCCAAAGGAGAAGCAUGUACGAAAAAUCUUGGAUGCAGUUUCAGCUUCAAGACCUCGAGCAGAUGUUGGUUAUUGCAUACAUGCUCUUGCAAGGCGUCUUUCUAAAACCCGUACUUGGGCAGUUGCAAUAAAAACAUUAAUCAUUAUGCAUCGCGCAUUAAGAGAAGUUGAUCAAUCGUUUCGUGAGGAACUGACUGGGUAUAGCGGAUGUAGAGGUCAUGUGUUAAAUUUGUCACAUUUUAAGGAUGAUUCGAGCCCCAGUGGUAAUCCUUAUUCUUUAAUUUAUAGCAAUCAGAAAUCUGUACUAUGGAGAACUGACCAUUUGGGAUUUCCUGUUGUUAAGCAUGGGAGUAUUCUACUUGGAUACAAAACAAAGAGGCUUGACACACCAGAUUUGCUUGAGCAGUUACCUUCUUUGCAACGCCUUCUUUUUCGCUUGCUUGCUUGCCAGCCAGUUGGAGUUGCUCGAUAUAAUUUCUUGAUCCAGUAUGCACUAUCAAUUGUUGCGGCUGAAAGUGUUAGGCUUUAUGUAGCAAUAACUGAUGGAGUUCUUAAUUUGGUCGACAAGUUCUUUGAGAUGCAUCGUCAUGAUGCUGUCAAAGCACUUGAAAUUUAUAAGAAGUCUGGGGAUCAGGCGGAGAGACUGUCUGAGUUCUUUGAGAUCUGCAGGGGCCUUGGCUUUGGACAAGGGCAGAAAUACGUCAAAAUUGCGCAGCCCCCUGCAUCAUUUAUAAAAGCCAUGGAAGAAUACGUAAUGGAAGCCCCACAAACUUUGAUGCUUCCCUGGAGAACGAAUGACGAUGAUAAAAGCACUACUUCGAAAGCAAUUGCUAUUCCUGAAGCCAAUUUGGAGACUGAUCCUAAACUUCUCGUUGACACUGAAGAAGCUCAUCCAUGUGUCGAUUCUCCAGAGAUUUCAAAGACUGAUAACAGUGAAUCUGGAGCUACACCUUUGAUUCCUGAUCUAUUGAGCUGGGAUGAGCCAUGCCAAGAAGCCUCUGAGCCGGAUGAUAACAUUUCCCUUGCCCUUUCGACUAUUACAACUGAAGAGCUGUCCAAUCCUGAAAUCAGCUCUGAUCCCCCGAGCGAGCCUACCGGUUGGGAGCUUGCACUAACUAUGGCACCAGGUUCUAAUUUUGCAGCUGUAACAACGACUAAACUGGGAGGUGGACUGGAUAGAUUAACACUGGAUAGUUUAUAUGAUGUUGCAUUGACGAAAACAAAUCCAAAUGGAACCAAUCACAUAGGUAUGUUCUCAUCAAAUCCUUUCGAGGAUGAUGGUAUAGCUCAGCUGAAUUAUCAGCAGUUGAUGGAAAUGCCGCAACAAAAAGAUGCAGUCCUGCAAUACCAACAUCAACAGUCAAAUUAUGCACAGAUGAAUGAAAUGUCCCAGCAACAAGAAGAGUUCAUGCAGCAAUAUUAUCAGCAGAUGAAUUACACGCAGAUGACUGAAAUGCUCCGACAACAAGAUCUCAUGCAGCAACAAGAUCAACAACAAAGUAAUGCACAUCAGAUGGCUGUAAUUCCUCAUCAAGAAGAAGCAUUCAAGCUUCAACAGCAUCGAGAACAAUCAACGAUUGGUCAUGAUUCUACGAAUCCCUUGGGCAAUCCUUUCAUCGAGCAAGAAUCUAAGCCUUGUCCAAGUCAGGACCAGCCUUCUGGUUUGAGCUUAAUUUAA